ACCUGAGCAAGAUCUGAAUUUGACCUUUGUGUCCUUCAGGAAAAUGAAUACUGUACUUUGCUGGAGGUGGGGAUUUCAUGAACCUCUCAUUCAGUAUUUAACAAAGGUUAUUUAGGAGUAACUGUAUAUUUACUGUUUUCUAAGAAAACAACAAAAACAUCCACUGCCUUUAAAUUUUGAUUUUUUUCUUGAAGUGACACUGUUGCUGAGGGGUACUGUUUGGUUAGUAUCUAACUUCAUUAUUGAAAGACCCCAAAGGGAGGACUUAAUCUGUAAUCUUUUUUUAGGACAGAUAGGCUAAUUGGCACUGGCAAUUGCAGUGCUAAUCUUGCUGCCUCUUUGUAAUCUUAAACAUUAAUGUUCAGAUAUUUCCAAAGGUCCUUCAGAAAUUUGUUUUAUACUUAACACUGUCAAUUCCUCCUGCUUUACCACCAUGAGGAUCUUUAGAAAUGGACAGUUUUUUGCAGGUAUGAUGCAUAUGAAAUACUCUUUGACAUUUGUGUUUUAGUGUUUCCUUGAACGAAACUUGCCCUUGUUGUGUAUUGAGAGAAAGGCCACUUUUAGAUAAACAGACUGUUAUUGCAUCUCCUUUGUCUAUACCUUAAAUGGGAGGAAACAAAAUAAUUUUUAUUCCUACAACCACUGCAUCUGCCUCCUCUAGACAACUUUUUUUUAACCCAGCAGUCACACGCGUAUGCUUCAGUAAUGGUGAGUUGCUCUUGGAUGUAGUUGUGUAGCUUAUUUUCUCAGCCACUGCUCGUCUCAGGUCCCAUGCUGUGGGCCAGUUCCAAGUGGCUGCAUUGGAGGAAGGCCAGUAGGACCAGAGUGGCGUGAGAGCCAGGGGUGUGGAGCAGCCUUUUCAAGGACUUACACUCUCAGUGACAUGGGAACUCUUAGAGGACUGUAAAGCUUGAAUUAUUUAUGAAAAGUAAAAUUCACCUGUUUUAGUACUUCUUUAACAAGUUUGGGCAGUUGUACAGUAACAUAAUCAUCAUCAGGAUAAAGAGCUUUGCAUCACCCCAGGAAGUUUCCUCAUGACGCUUUGCAGAAAAAUGAUUCCCUCUGCCACCAGCCACAGGCACCCACUGCUUUCUGUCACGGUGGUUUGGCCCAUCUGGACUGCCUUUGAGAUGGAUCUGAGCUGGAAGGAGUGGGGAGUUUCCUGCAUCAGUGGUUGGGCAUUUGUGUUCCUUCCAAUGUGGGGCUGUUACGGAUAAAGUGACAGUGGACAUAUGAACAUUGAUAUACUGGUCUGUGUGGCUGUAUGUUGGGUUUUGAGCAGAGGAGUAACAUCUAAUUUGCUUUUUAAUUUUUUUUAGUUUAGAUACAAUUUCUAGUUUUUAUUUGCAGAAAUAGUACGUAGAACUUCUGUAGACACUUUGGGUUACCAGUUGUUGACAUUCCUGAACUAUUCAAGAUUGUUGACCUGAUUGUAUGUUGCCCUCAAAGUGUCUGUGUUUGAUAAGGUUGUAAGACUAUCAAAAUAAGAAAUUUAAUAUUAGUGCCAUGUUAUAAAACCAAGAUCUUGCCAAUAGCCCAAGAAUCCAAUCUAGAAUCCUGUUAUAUGUAGUCAUGUCUCUUGAGUUUCCUCAGCCUUUCCUCAAUUUCAUACAGACAGAAACUACCUGUGUAUUCAUCCAUCCAUAGAUAAAUCUAUACAAUAAUGUAAAAACUAUGAAUUUACAACAGUGCCUCAGGUUGUACCCCAAAAGCUUCUGGUGUUUCCUCCUUUCCUGGGACAUAGCUCCCUUUCUCACCAGUUCUAUUAACCUCUGUAUUAUUUGCUCAGAACUCCCAUAGGUAACCACACUACUUCCAUAGGUAACUAUACUUUGAGAUGGAGGAAGGCAAACAAUUUGAUCAAAUCAGGAUGUUUUGGCUUUCCUGUUUGAACUUUUUAGGAAGGACUGGAGCAAGUAUGGUAGUUGUGUUACUGAUAAUAGCAGAUCUCAGCUUUGUAUGUUGGAAUCACAUAAGAGACAUUUUUGACUACUUAUGCCCAGUGCACUUCAUAGAUCAGUUAAAUCAUUCAAUAAAACACAGUCACCAGAAUUAAGUUCUGAGGGUAAGUUUAAUGUAAGUCAAGGUUAAGAAUUAACAGCAGAUUUCUACCUUUAUGAAGGUUACAAUAAGUAGGUGAUUAAUUCAAGUGAUAUUUUUUCAAAGGCAGCAUAUUGAUAAAUAGAAGAUAGUAUAAAACUAAAAUUUGCAGGAAGCUCACAACCUUACUUCAAGCUCGUAGUAUUUCCUGUCUGCAUGUUUAAGACAUAUUUUUGUUCCUUGAAGUACUGGCUAAAUUUUCUUUUUUCCUUUCUUUUUUUUUUUUGGUACUGAGGAUCAAACUUAGGACCUCACGCUUGCCAGGCAGGGCUUUAUGCCGCUGAACAAAAUCCCUGGCCCUAAAUUUUCGUUUUCCUCUCUUUGAUUUGCCCAGAAGUAGCAUUUUGCAAACUUUAGCAUAUGUGAGUCAUAUGGGUAUCUUGUUAAGGUAAAGAUUCAGAUUUAAUCUGGGGUGAGGUCUCAUACUAGUUCAGAAAAUUGAUGCCAAAGUUAAGGUUUAGGGAUCACAUUUUGGUGACAGUCUUAAUUUGGUGGUGUUAAGAAUAUCUUCUUAAAUCUGUUAAAAGCUAGGAACUUUCCAUUGGGAGGAAAAGUACAUCUGUAUAUGUACCUACUGGAGUGUACAAGUUCAGAAGGAUUGAUAAUCGGUAUUGAUUUUAUGCUAUGUAUUUUAUGGGGUGCUUGAAUGAAGAACAAGGUCUCUCAUCUUACUUGGAGACAAAUCCCCAUCAAAUAAAUAAACCAGGCAUGUCAGAUAGACUUGCUGCAGCAUUUUGUAGCAAGGCUGGGAAGGUAGGCUUUGGGUUGGAGGAUCAGACGGAGUAGGUCUGUUAGGUCAUGUGUCUCUGGGGCAUCUUGGCCAGAAAACUGAAUGCCAGUAUCGAUUUAGAUCUAAAAUGUCCCUCAAAAGUCUCCUAUGUAGAAGUGCGUCUUUUGUGGAAGGUGACUGGAUCGUGGGGCACUGUACUCAUCAGUGGGUUCAUGAGUGGGUGAGCUCAUAGCUAAAUGUGUUGUUAGGAGGUGAGUCUUGGUUGGAGUUGGUCACUGGGGAUGUGACCUGGAAGGGUGUACUGUCCCCAGCUCCUCCCUCCGAAGAGGUGAGCAGCUUUGCUGUCCCAUGUCCUUCCACCAUGAGAUUUCUACCGUGGUGGCCUACUGGCCAUGAAAUGAAUUCCCUGAGCCAGGAGCCAAAUUAAACUCCAUUAACCCUUCAGAGAUUGUAGAUCACCUAAGAGAUGCAAAUAUGCUUCUUACAUAUUAAGGGAUAGCAUCAGACCCAUGACAUUGGCAGGGUUAAGUUGUGUGUGUUGGGUACUGUGUUUUCAAAAGCCAGAGGUCAACCAGCAUGGCAGGAGGAGUUGAAGAAGAGGAGGGAAAGAAAAUCCAUGAGGCAAAGCAGUCAGGUCCUUCAGGACAGAGGAGACCACUCUGCCUCUCCUUAGAUGCUAAAGGAGCCACUGCCUCAUUUUUAAGAACCACAAACUAAAAAAAAAUGUAAAGCAACAACGACACUGACAAGCUAGCUAGGUGUGAAGCAUGCAUCUGCAGUCCAGAAGGAGGAGGUAAGCAAGCCCAGCCUGGACCCUCAGUGACUAGAGUGCUUGGAGCACUCGGCCCAUCUGCUGUGGCAUUACUGCAAGUUCAUGUUCCCAUUUACCGAGCAACUGCUAAUCUCCCUCCUGUCUCUGCCCAGUGUGGAUGCCACAGUAUCCCAGGCUUCCAGAGGGUGCCCCUACAAAAUUGCACCUUUUCCUCAUUUUUUCACCUUUAAAAGACCAGUCAAAGCUUUACAUGAGCCUUAACUUCUUCGUUGAGUUGUAAUGGCUAACAUAUGGCUUCCUUCACCAUUUUGCUGUGCCCUCGGGGCCCUGAGCACAGCAUGGCAAUUCGAGUUUAUGAAGUCGCCAUUUCUUAAAGUGUUUCUUGGAUGGCAGUUGUCUUUUAGCUGACCCAUGUAGAGGGCUGGCUAGAGACUGCAGCAGCCUGUGAAACAGCUGCCCACGCAGGAUGAAGAUUUAGCUCUUGCUUUAGUUUUCUCAGAGAUACUCUUAGCCUCUUAGAUUAUAGGAAAGAAAAAUGCACUGACAUUCUGCUUUCAAAAAUUAUUUCAAACUUAUCCUCUCCCUGAUGUGUGGCAGGAAUGGGAGAUUUAAAGUCCCAAUUCUAAUUUGACAAUGAUGAACAGAAAUAGCAAAGGACUGGAAUCCCUCUGGGUGACCUUUAGAUUGGGUGGUCAAGAAAGGGCAUUAGGCAAUUGUGGGGCCUCAAUAUCCUUUAUCUAUAGUGAAAGUAUUGAAUAAAACCAGCCUCUGAGUCAGUGGCAACUGUAUAAAAGAUCCUCCCCUAACCACGGCACAUGGGCAUACACACAUAUACCAAAUCGCUUUUACAUACAAACAGCAAAAUUCCAUUGCAUGCACUUAAUCAUACACACGCAUACAAACAAUAAAACCUUAUUACACUAUGGGCACAUUUUACCUUACCAAUUAGUCCCUUAGAAAAGUAUUUUGCACUAAAUUAGUUUGUAAGUUGAACCUUCAUUCCUUAUUUUGUAAGGCGACCAUCCUUGGGGGUGCAGUGAGGAGGUGUCACUCUGAAGCCACACCAUCAACAGAAGUGGGGAGGGCAUUGACAGGAAUCUGUUCGAGAAACAGUGGAUGAGGUAGGCAUUGGUGUCCACCUCAUCAGAGAAAUGCCACCCCCAGAUACCCUGUAAAAGGAAGCAACCCCUGUUUUUCCUAAUAGAAUGUAAAACACGGGACCAGAGUUGAAAAUCGCUGCUACAUCUCUAGUGCCAAGAACAGUACCUGGCUCACAGUAGGUAUUCAAUAAAUAUUUGUUGAAUAGAUGUAGCUACUACCAGUCUCUUUUCAUGGGAAACAGGCCCAGAAACACAGAAGGGAAUGUAACAUAAGCCUCUAACUUUACCUGCUUCUCUAUGACCCAUGACUCACAAACAUUUUGAGCCUAAAUUUUGCACAUCUUUGAGGAGGUUGGUGUAACUUGGUUCUCCAAUGUGUUCCUGUGUUCUAAAGGCUUGGCCCCCAGGGUGGCACUAGGAUGGUUGGAUCCUCUGAGAGAUAGGGCCUAAGAUUAUUGGCUACAUGCCCUGACCAAGGACUGCAGGACCCUGCCUGGUCCCUUCCUCUUCCCUCCCCUUGUCCCUACCCAUGAGGGGAGCAGGUUUCCUCCACCAAACACCCACUCCAUGAUGUGCCCACCAUGGGCCUAAAGAAGUGGAACUAACGUACUAUGGACUGAAACUUCCAAACCAUGAGCCAAAAUAAUUUCAUUCCCAUGCAAGUUUGUUGUCUCAGAUAUCUGUCAUCAUGAGGAAAACUGAUCUAUGCAGAGGUAAAGAAAGAACUGACCCAUUCUUCCCAACACAUCUUUUUCUUUCUUCAUUGGUGGGGUCAAAAUGUGCCAAGAACUUUUUUUUUUUUUUUUUUUUUUUUGGUACUGGGGAUUGAACUCACAACCCCACGCUUGCCAGGCAGGGACUUAGGCCACUGAGCUAAAUCCCCAGCCCAAAAUGUGCCAAGAACUAAUAUGGUAUAAUCUUCCCUGGUGUGGGCCCAGCAUAACUUCUAAAAGUCCUUUCACAAAGGAUUUGUAUUCAUAAAAAUCCUAGGGCCUGGGGAUUUAGCUCAGUGGCAUAAGUGCCUGCCUGGCAAGCACAAAGUCUUGCCAAUUCCCGGUACCAAAAAAAGAGAAUUCCUUAUUUAUUUUGUAAAAUCAGGUGUUAAUUAAUUGGAUGUCUUAAAAAAUCAUUUGUACUAUUGAUAGAGAUUUUACAUGUUCAACAGAUCUCUGAAGUUAGUAUGUCUUUGCUCUUAAAAUAAUAUGAGGGUGAAAUUUAAAGAUUUAAACAAUAAUUCAAAAUUCUCAUGGUCCUCUUAGCAGUGUCCUUCUCACUGAGGUAACAAACUACAGUGAAAUUUGCUGCACCAGUGGUGUACCAUUAAGACUAUUGUUUGUGUGCAAAAGACAUGGAGCCUGGCUCUCUUUGAAAAAUGUGAUGCUAAGGAGCCCCAGAGCCCGGGAGCCAGUGAAGAAAGUAGAGGUGGAGGACCCUGCCAUUGGUCAGGGCUAUUUACUCAGAGGUCUGGCUUCCACAUAAAAGGCAGGAACCACUGCACUCAGUCCCCACUUCUAGUCAGAGCGCCAGUCAAAACAGCAAAAGGGAAGAUGGCAAGAAUGUUGUUGUGUUUUCUCCUGGGCCUCAUGGCUGCAUGCAUGGGGCAUGGCGUAUUUAUGGAUAGACUUGCUUCCAAGAAGCUGUGUGCGGAUGACGAGUGUGUCUAUACUAUUUCUCUGGCUCGAGCCCAAGAAGAUUACAGUGCCCCGGACUGCAGAUUCAUUAACGUUAAAAAAGGACAGCAGAUCUACAUCUAUUCAAAGCUGGUAAAAGAGAAUGAAGCUGGAGAGUUUUGGGCUGGCAGUGUAUAUGGUGGUCACCAGGCUGAGAUGGGAAUAGUGGGUUAUUUCCCCAGCAGCUUGGUCAAGGAGCAGCAUGUGUACCAGGAAGCCACCAAGGAAGUUCCCACCACGGAUAUUGACUUCUUUUGUGAAUAAGAAAUUAAAGUGCAGGUAACAGGAAACACCAAAAAUGAAGAAAAACAAAAGCAAAACCAACCGAAAAUGCACAUACCUAUUUCCUGGCUUUUGAAAAGAGUUUGUUAUGCUCGGGGAGGGCUGGAGCUGGGGGCUGGAGGUAGCAGGUAGAGGAUUUUCAAUUUGCUUUCUGUUAGCUUGGUCUUUCCACAAGCUGAAGCAAGAUAGCAUUUGGCUUCACUGAGCAAAUUAAAACCUAAGUUAUUUUUUAGCCUAGAGAAUCUUUCCUUACUUUGAGGAUAUGCAUGGAACAUGGUUUAUUACAAUCAUUUCUAAAUAAUAAUUCUUUCCAAAUCUUUGACUCCCCAUAUAUAUGCAUGGGUCAGAGGCCUUAUCUUUGGAAGUAAUGUUUUUUUAGUUAUAAAUACCUAAGUUAAAGGCUGGCUCUUUACGGAGAAUUCUAGUAGUUUUUGUUACUGUUAAUGUUUGAAAUUUGGAUUUAAAGCUAUUGCAAAUUAAAAUAAAUCAGCUUUUCAGACUCAGAUGCUGAGACUAUGGUUUUGAAUUUCUCAAACUUUUUAAUUGAUUUUACUUCUAAAUGAUCAACGCAACCCCCCCCCAUUACAUAAGCAUGUAAUGGAUUAUGUUCCUCUCAGUAUGAGCCCUAAUUGGAUGGUAUUUAAGCUUCAAGUCAUCAAAAUCUGUGGAUUCUUUUCCGUACUGUGAUUUCAACUUUUACUUUUUUCUUUCUAUGAAAAUUUUUCACAUCAAAUGUGACAUACUGGUAUCAGUAAAUCUGAUUAGACGAUGCAGGUUUUGAGGUCCUAAUGGACUUAUGAAUUUUUCUAUACUUAACUAGAAAUCUGCAUUAUUAAUGUAAUUAUUUUGAUGUAUUCAUUUGUUUGUUUGUAUAUGAUUAAAAUGCAUGUCCUGUGCUAAAAAGUCAAAA